AUGGAUUACCUUGCACGUAUAUUAUGCGAUGUGGAUGAAAUACAAGUAUUCGAUUAUUCAUUGAAUAGCACAGUGCCACAUAUAACAAAUUGUGCUGAAUCAUCAAUCCUUGUCAUUACACCAUUAAUAUUUUUGAUCAUAUUUAGUCCACUUAUUCUAUAUGACCUCAAGAAAAGUCGACAUCCUCCAUUAGAACUCUAUUCACCAACAGUUGCUCGAAUAAUUCUGUGUUUCUUGUUGGUAAUGAAUCGUCUAACUGCAACAAUAAUCAAUCUGAUAACAUGGUUUCGGACACCGUUAACAUAUCAACCGUAUAGCAUCAUGUCAUGUUGCUGGCAAACGGUAACGUAUUGCGUAUGUUUGCUGUUACUGAUUGCCUAUCGUAAUCGUGGCUUAGUGACUUCCGGCGUUUUGUUCAACUUUUGGCUUCUUACUGCAAUUUGUGCAUUUCCAGAACUUAGACGUCGAGCUGCUUAUGCUGAAGAUUUUACCGGCAUUCAGGAUAAAAAUGAAGUCUCAGUGAAAUAUGUAUUGUAUAUAAUCUACUACGCAUUCAUAUUGUUCGAAGUAUUCUUGUCAUGUUUUGCUGAUAAACCAAGAUAUUGGUUGAAAGAUGAAAAACUUUGUCCAGAAGAUAAUUGUUCCUAUCUGAAUAAAAUCACAUUUAACUGGUUUCACAGCUUGGCAGCACGUGGUUUUCGUAGACCGCUCGAAGUUAAUGAUUUAUGGCGAUUACGACUACAUGAAGAAAGUGAAAAUUUGAUGAAAAAGUUCAAGCGUUAUUGGUUACCAGCGGUUAAUGCUUACUAUAAAAAGAAGCGAGCAGCGGAACAAUCAAUUUCACUUAAGAAACUUAGUCCAAAAACACAGCCAUCAUUACUGUGGGCGCUUGCGAAAACAUAUCGCUGGACCAUUUUGUCUGGCGCUGCAAUGAAAUUUGUAUUUGACGUAUUAAAUUUCGUCAGCCCGCAACUUCUCAGUGCAUUAAUAUCGUAUAUCGAAGAUAUGAAGCGACCGUUAUGGAUGGGUAUUGCUAUAUCAUUUGCCAUGUUUGCUGUUGCACUCGUUCAGUCAAUGAUUCUGCAUCAGUAUUUUCACAAAAUGUUCAUGUUAGGUAUUAAUGUACGUUCUGUGCUGACAAACUCUGUAUAUGUCAAGGCGUUAAUGUUAUCUAACUCUGCUCGGAAAAAUCGUACUGUUGGUGAAAUUGUAAAUUUGAUGUCUGUGGAUGUCCAACGUUUUCAAGAUAUCGCCAGUUUUAUUAUGCUUUUUUGGUCUGCUCCAUUUCAAAUACUGCUUGCAAUUUACUUUCUGUGGCGAUUGCUUGGAAUAGCAGUUGUUGCCGGUCUCACCGUACUUUUCGCAACAAUUCCCUUAACUUCAUAUAUUUCUCUACGAAUGAAAAACUGUCAAGGAAGACAAAUGAAACUGCGAGAUGAACGUUUGAAAUUCAUGUCAGAAAUUUUAAAUGGAAUUCGAAUAAUCAAAUUUUAUGCUUGGGAGAAAAGCAUGCAAAAACUGGUUUUGGAAAUUCGCGAGAAAGAGAUUGCUGUACUACGCGAAAUUGCGCUUUAUAAUGCUGCAAUAUCGUUAACUUGGUCAUGUGCGCCAUUUCUUGUUGCUGUUGUCACGUUUGGCUUAUAUGUGAAAAUUGAUCCACAGCACAACCAACUUACACCUCAGGUUACAUUCGUUGGCCUUUCACUUUUCAACUUGAUCCGUUUCCCAAUGACAAUCUUUCCAUUAAUAUUCAGUCAGGGGACGCAAUGUUCGGUUAGCAAUACCAGGCUGAAGUCAUUUCUGUCGGAUGAUGAAAUGCAGCUUUCUGUAGUAGAUCGAAUCUCUUCAGGCGAUUAUGCCUUGUCGAUACAGAGUGGUAAUUUUUCUUGGGACAAUAAUAAAGUGACAUUGAAUAAUAUCAAUUUAAAAAUCAAAAAAGGCGAGCUUGUUGCUAUUGUUGGGAAAGUCGGCAGUGGUAAAAGUAGCUUGCUUUCUGCUGUCUUAGGCGAAAUGGAUAAAUUGAACGGUAAUGUGGAUGUUGUUGGGUCGAUUGCUUAUGCCCCGCAACAGCCGUGGAUCCAGAAUUUGUCGUUGAUGGAUAAUAUUUUGUUUGGCACACCUUUCGAUCCUCAACGGUAUGAAACAGUGCUUGAUGCAUGUGCGCUGAAACCAGAUCUCGCAACAUUACCAGCUGGUGAUCAGACUGAAAUUGGUGAAAAGGGCAUUAAUUUGAGUGGGGGUCAGAAACAUCGCGUAAGUUUGGCACGUGCAGUAUACGCCAAUUCAGACAUUAUUCUUUUGGAUGAUCCGUUGUCAGCUGUUGAUGCUCACGUUGGACGACACACAUUCACCCGUGUCAUCUCAUCUCAAACUGGCUUAUUAGCCAAGAAAACGCGUAUUUUGGUAACACACGGACUACAUUACUUGAAGUAUUGCGAUCGAAUUGUCGUCAUGAAUGAUGGUAAAAUUACCGAAGUGGGCACAUUUCAAGAAUUAGUUCAAGCACAAAAACAUUUCGCAGAAUUUCUGGAAGAUUUUCUUAUGAACAAAGUUAAACAAUGCAAGCAGGCACAAGAUGAAGGAGACUCAGAAGAAAUGGAAGAACUACUAAAAGAUUUGCAAGUUUUGAAUCCGGAACAACGCAAACAUUUGGAAAGUUUUAGUGGGACAAGGCAACACACAGAUAGUACUUUAACAGUUGCAUCAUCUAUCAAACACAUAUCUUCGCGAGACAACUUACCAGCCGAACAACAGGAUGGUACCACCGAACAGGAUGUUGCAGCGAAAAAGAUCGAUAGUAAUUUAAUAAAAAUCGAGAUUGGUGAAAAGGCAGAUGGUAUUGCAUUGUCUGCACAAACGGCUAAUAAACCAGCUAUAGCAAGCAAUGAUGAACGUUCAAAAUUAAUUGAAAAGGAAGGCGUUGAAGUUGGAAAGGUGAAAUUUGCAGUGUAUCUUUUGUAUCUUCACGCUAUUGGUUAUGGCACAACAGCAGUCUUUGUUUCGAUUUAUAUUUUUUCAUCUGUGCUUGGUGUUUCAUCCAAUUUAUGGUUAGCCAAUUGGUCUGAUCAUGCCAACAAAGGAAACAUCACGGCAGAAGAAAACGACACAAAUUGGCGUUUAGGAAUUUACGCAACACUCGGCUUGGGACAAGCCGCAAUGGUUUGUACUGGUUCAAUUACAAUGGCAUAUGGAAUGGUUUUUGCGAGUCGAAAAUUGCACGAAGGAAUACUGCGAAAUAUUAUGCAUUUACCAAUGGCAUUUUUCGACAUAACUCCGCUCGGACGCAUUGUGAACCGUUUUGGGAAGGAUAUAGUAACGGUGGAUAUUGAAAUACCAAAAUCUAUUGAUGAUCUUCUUGAUGAUUGUCAAAUUCUUGUUGCCAUUUUAAUUCUUAUUGUUUUCAUAUAUCCUCACUCAUUUUGGGUUUUUAUCACAUGCGCUUUCUUCAAUUUCUUCAUUCUGCGUUUCUACAUUUCAACAUCACGUCAAUUAAAACGUCUGGAAUCUACCGCUCGAUCUCCUAUUUACUCGCAUUUUCAAGAAUCGAUCCAAGGAUCAGCUUCAAUUAGAGCAUAUCGAUGUAUGAAUCGUUUUAUCCAUGAAUCUCAAGAUCGUCUUGAUAAGAAUAUUGUUAUACAAUAUCAUUCAUUGGUUGCUAACAGAUGGUUAGCAGUACGCUUAGAACUUGUCGGUAAUCUUAUUGUGUUCUGCUCGGCUUUAUUUGCUGUAUUUUAUAGAGAGAGUGGUUCAGUAACAGCUGGUUUAGUUGGAUUAUCCGUUGCAUAUGCUCUUAGUAUAACACAAACUCUAAAUUGGGCCGUACGUAUGGCUAGCGAAUUGGAAACCAAUGUUGUUGCUGUUGAACGUCUGAGAGAAUACACCGAUCUACCGACUGAGGGUUUAGCGAGUGAAAACUUAGCGCAUACGCCACGACGAGAUUGGCCAAGUAAAGGAGAAAUUAUUUUCGAGAAGUUGAAAAUACGAUAUCGCGAUAAUUUGGAAUUUGUUUUGAAAGGAAUCAGUGCAACUAUUCAUCCAGCUGAAAAAAUUGGAAUUGUUGGCAGAACCGGUGCAGGUAAAAGUUCUCUCACACUUGCUUUGUUCCGUAUUAUUGAGGCAGAUUCAGGUCGAAUAUUAAUCGAUGGUGAAGAUAUAUCGAAAAUAUCUCUGGAUAAUCUUCGCUCAAAAUUAACAAUUGUUCCACAGGAUCCUGUUGUGUUUUCUGGAACGUUACGCAUGAAUUUGGAUCCAUUCGGCCAUUUUGAUGAUGCCUUAUUAUGGAAUGCACUUCGAACGGCUCAUCUGGAUUCGUUGGUGCAUUCAUUUCCAAACAAACUGGAACAUAAAUUAAGUGAAGGUGGUGAAAAUAUUAGUGUUGGACAAAGGCAACUGCUUUGUUUAGCUCGAGCAGUAUUGCGAAUGAGUCAGAUUUUGAUUCUGGAUGAAGCAGCAGCGUCUGUUGAUAUGGAAACGGAUGCGCUAAUCCAGAAAACAAUUCGCGAGCGAUUCUCACAUUGUACAGUGCUUACAAUUGCUCACCGUUUACAUACAGUAAUGGAUAGUGACAGGAUUUUGGUACUUGAAAAUGGUUACAUUCGUGAAUUCGACACACCAAGAAAGUUAUUGGAUGACCCGGAUUCAUUAUUUCGUGCAAUGAUGAAAGAAUCUGGAUUGUUGCCUACCAAAGAACAUUGA